AUGACAACGCUCAAAUCGUUUCAAGCUGAGAUCGAAGCUAUUUCUCACGAGAAGCAUAUCCAGUCAAUCAAAGAAGCAAGAGAAGCACACCACGCGGCUGAGCUAGCAAGACAUCACGGAAAGCUGCCGACGAAGAAGGAGAAGGAAAUCAGUCAACCUAUAAUCGACGUAAAAGUUGAUGAUGAGAAGGAAGAGGAGAAAGAGGUACCGAUGGAGGAUCUCAUCGUGUCCGAAGAAAGUAAUACAGACGAACUUCAGUCCCGCUUAGCUUCUCGUCUACUGAAAGGACAUGGAGAACUUCUGCUAGCAUUAGGAUCACAUCCUUCACCUCAACAAACAUAUUCCCUUACUCCUGUAACUGAUCCAAUAGCUUCAGUGGGCACAUUGCUCAAUUCUGCAGAUUUGGAUCGAUCAGUAGGAAGAUUGAAGCAUGCAUGCCAAGCACUCAAAGCUGAGCUGAACGAAUUAUAUAGGAUAGAUAAUGACGGUAAAAGUCAUGGAUGUUGGUUGAUCAGAUUGACCCCUAGAGGCGUGGAAGAGAUCAUGGAAGUAAGAGUCGCUGUAGUUGGUAAUGUCGAUGCUGGAAAGAGCACGACAUUGGGUGUGUUGACCAGAGGUGGAUUGGAUGACGGACGAGGCAAGGCUCGAGUAGCAUUGUUCAGGCAUCCUCAUGAAAUUGAGACUGGUCGUACUUCCUCAGUCGGAGGGGAGAUACUAGGAUUCUCACCGACAGGUCAAGCAGUGAUUCCUACUUCCCAUACCACCGAAACGUCCGAUCCUCACGGACAUCCACUGGCAGUCGCUAAAAGAGAGAAGCUUGGCUGGGAAGAGAUAUGUAAGAGGGCAAGCAAGGUGGUUAGCUUCAUUGAUUUGGCGGGUCACGAGAGGUAUUUCAAAACUACCUUGUAUGGAUUGAGCGGAUGUGCACCGGACUAUGUCAUGCUCAUGGUCGGUGGAAAUGCUGGACUAAUAGGAAUGUCGAAAGAACAUCUUGGAGUAGCUUUAGCUUUAAACGUACCAAUAGCAGUCUGUGUCACUAAGAUCGACAUGACACCGCCAAAGAUCCUUGAGCAGACAGUCAAUAUGCUUACUAAAGUAUUGAAGAGUCCCGGAUGCAGGCGAAUACCGGUAUUUGUCAAUAAUGCUCAAGAAGCUGUUGAUUGUGCGAGAUAUCUUGGCCAGCCGCUCGGAUCAGGUGGAAGAUUAUGUCCCAUCUUCAUGGUAUCGAACGUGACAGGUCAUAACCUGCCCAUGCUCCGAACGUUCCUUAACUGUCUACCAUCGUCUCAAUCAGACGACAAAUACGUAGUGGACGCUCCUUUCGAAUUUCAAAUCAGUGACGUUUUUUCCGUGCCCUUCGUAGGAACCGUUGUGAGCGGCGUAAUAACGUCAGGGACGGUACAUGCAAACGACGCAGUUCUCCUGGGCCCUGAUUCAGUGGGACAAUUCAUGCCCACCGCUGUCAAGACUAUACAGCGAAAACGAGCAUCGGUGACUAGUGGUGAAGCUGGACAGAGUGUAUCAUUCGCAUUGAAGCGAAUAAGGAGGACUCAAGUCAGAAAAGGAAUGGUGUUGGUUGGAAAGACUGAUAAUCCUCCGAAAGCUGUCAAACGAUUCGAAGGGAUGGUAAUGGUGCUACAUCACGCGUCGACAAUACAACCGAAGUAUCAAGCAAUGAUGCAUUGUGGUGCCAUCAGGCAAACGGUACGAAUCGUGUCACUCGAUCAUCCAUCAGGAUUAAUACGAACAGGUGAUCGAGCGAAGUGUGUAUUCGAGUUUAUCAGUCAUACUGAAUUCUUGAAGGAAGGUCAAUUGAUAUUGUUGAGAGAAGCAAAAACAAAAGUAUUGGGUGUGGUGACUAAAGUACUAGCAUAA